AUAUGAUCAAUUACCAUGGCUUAAACUUUAUAUAAAGGAACGUGCUUUCGUUUGCAUUAUUUCUUAUUCCCUUUCUUAUUAUUAUUAUUUUUUUGUUGUUGUUGUGAUUUUAGGCCAAAAUUUAUGAGCUUGGAAGAUAAGUUUCCAAAAAUGGAAACUUUUAUGAACAAGGAUUGGCCAUCUUUUUGUUAUGGAAUGGCAACAACAGGUUCAACAUUUUUCAACAAUCCAAUCAUAUGGGGUUCUUCAUCAUCAGAGGAAACACCAGGAUCCAAUUUGUUAAAAAAUGUCCCUGGAUUCAUAAACCAGGACAUUAACCAUGGUUUUAAUCCAAUAAACCAAGCUCAACCUUCUCCUUCAAUGGCGACCACCAUGUCACAAUUCCCAGAUUUAACUUCCCUGUUUGGUCCAUCAAAACCAGUCAUUGAUCCCAUCAACGAAAACCCACCAUUGCAGACGCCUCAACAAUGGCUUAGAAUCAACCAGAGCUUCACAAAUGAUCAAUCCAAAGGUUUUAGUGAUUAUUGGCUUAGCACUACCAAGACUCACCCCAUGAAAUACAGUGGACGAAGGUUUCAAAACCAGCACCAAAAGGGUUAUUCAUCGCCUGGGAAACUGUUUAGAGGGGUAAGGCAAAGGCAUUGGGGUAAAUGGGUGGCUGAAAUAAGGUUGCCCAGGAAUCGAACUCGGGUUUGGUUAGGUACUUUCGACACAGCAGAAGCAGCCGCCAUGGCAUACGACACAGCAGCUUACAUAUUGCGUGGUGAAUGUGCACAGUUGAAUUUUCCGGACCUUAAGGAUCAAGUUAUGGCCAAUUCUUUGAAUGGGAACACCGCUGCAAUUCUUGGAGCUAAGUUGCAGGCUCUAUCGCAAGGCAGUACGGUUAACAAGAAGUCCGAUCUCGACACAACGACAACUAUGCCGGCCGAGGAUGGAGUUUCGGGUUUAAACCGAAAUACGACGAAAAAUAUGGAGGCUUUAUCAUCGGAUGUUGAUGGCGUACAGCUGAGUAGGUUGCCUUCCAUGGACAUGGAUAUCAUAUGGGAUGCUCUUUUGGUCUCUGAUUCAUGAAAUUUUCCUUUCAUUUGAAUGAAAAAAGAAAAAGAAAAAUUGAUAAUUUUUCAUAUAUGAUCAGGUAUGUUUUUUUCUAACUUUCUGUAUAAGAAGAAAACUGUUUUAAGAAAUGCAAAUGUUAAGGUUUGAAUUCGAACAUGUUCAUCGUAAAUUGUUUUUAUUCAUUUCUUGUUUUAAUAUAUUAAAAUUUUAAUGAGCUUCAUUAAUUCAUGCUAUUGUGUAUUUUGUUGUGUUACAUAAAUAUUUAUAUAUAUUAACAAAUUCAACUAUUUAAAUUUUAAAAUAUUGGUUUAUUUGUAUUAUAUUCAUAUUAUUUUUUAGUAUUAUAUUGUAUUUUUUUCAUGUGUCUAAUAUUGCAAGGUUCAUGAGCCCAGUUUAAAUGAUAAAAACGCUAUAAAAAGGUUGAAUGCUUUUAAGGGCCCAUUGUGUUUCCACUUUUAAGAAUUUGAUUAACAAAUAAACCAAAAGUAAAAUUAAGGUAUCUUUUUUAUAUAUAUUUUGGCCUCCCCCCUUAUAAUACAAACAAUUUCCUAAUGAUGCCAAACCUAAUCUUUAUAUCUAUACGAAUAAAACAUGAAACACAAUAAUUCAUUUAUAUAUAUACACAUGAACUUCAAUCCAUUAUAAAAAAUAAUAGGGAUACAUGAACAGAGACAUAAUACAAUUUGUUGAUAUAACCCCUCUCAUAACAUGGUAGUCAGCAAGUUUAGGAUUUGCAAAAACAAAAAUAGCACCAUAACAAUUAUGUAUAUAUACACAUUUUUAUCAGCGUUAUAAAUCAACCAACUAAUAAAAAAGACUUAGUUUUGAACAUUAUGAACCUACGUUGUUUCGACUUUAUUUUUCUUGAAAGUACCUAUGUCUGAUAUAUGAAUACAUAGAUAUAACCUUCAAAGAUCUUCUAAAUACAUGAAGAAACAUAGAAAAUGUGACCAUACCCGUAUUUCACACACCCGAGCCAAGUAACAUAGCUAAGGAGGAGCUAUAAACCAAAUUUUAAUAUAAGUUGAACAAGGAAAAGGAAAAGAACUUGAGUAGUUUUCAACUACAAAACCAACAGAUUCAGUCAAAAUAUGGUGACAAUGUAUUAUUUAUAGUAAUAAUAACAAUGUAUUCGAUACAAUAAUUGACAACUUCUUUCAUUGUUUCUAAUACAUUUUCUAAUACAUUCCCCCUUGAAGAUAUUACUACAUAUAAUAACCUUAGCGAAUGCCAUUCGAAUGCACUCAAAAUCCGUAAUCUAUAAGUCCAAGUGGUAGUUACAGAGUGUGUGAUCAACAGAAGCUCAUUUCUUUGAGGAACCUAAAGAGCUACCAAGUAGUCAAAAAUGGAUUCUACAAGAAUAAAAUGAAACUAACAUGUAUAUAUAUGUGUAUGUAUGAGUGUAUAUAUCUCUUUUCAAGUAAUAUUUCCGUAUCAUGUAAAAGUUUCAGCAGAUAACUUACUUGUGAAGUCGUCGGAAGUUGCAAUUGAAGCCUUUGAAAGAUAUCAGCUGAUACCAAAUGAAGCCAAUGAAUCAAAUUAUGUAGCUCAUCUUGUUUAUCGAAUUUCAAAAGUACCAUCAUCUCUCUUAAAUGCUUCUCAUU